UCUCCAGUCCGACCCCAUGAACGACCAUGUCAUGCUCUACUCCGGGGUCACCCUGGCCUUCUGGGCCACACUCAUCAUCGUGGGUACAUGUUAUACAAUAUUUGACCUGGGAUUUAGAUUUGAUGUCGCUUGGUUCCUUACAGAGACGUCUCUCUAUAUGUGGGCCAAUCUCGGUAUAGGAUUAGCCAUUUCUCUUUCAGUGGUUGGCGCAGCUUGGGGUAUCUUCAUCACAGGUUCAAGUAUUUUAGGAGGAGGUGUGAAGGCCCCACGGAUUAAAACUAAGAACUUGGUCAGUAUCAUUUUCUGUGAAGCUGUGGCAAUUUACGGCAUUAUCAUGGCUAUUGUAAUCAGCAACAUGCAGGAGAGUUUUAAAGAAACCACCCCGGAGAGUAUUGGAAAUCGAAAUUAUUUUGCAGGGUUUUCAAUGUUUGGAGCCGGGCUCACCGUAGGAUUCUCUAAUCUCUUUUGCGGUAUCUGUGUUGGCAUUGUUGGUAGCGGGGCUGCACUUGCCGAUGCUCAGAAUGGCAGUCUGUUUGUGAAGAUCCUGAUUGUGGAAAUUUUUGGUAGUGCCAUCGGCCUGUUUGGUGUCAUUGUUGCGAUUUUGCAGACGUCCAAAGUAAAAAUGGGUGAUUGAAGUCUCUUCGUAGCGUUAAGACACGAGUCUUGAGGUGUGCGUCGUCCAUCCAUCCUAACUGGAGACCUAUUGGAGAGAGACUUAUAUUUAUUCCAUGUGUUUCAUUUUGACUUUGACAGAAGAUAUAAAAACACC